UUUACCAGUAGUUAAAAUGGCUACUGUUAGGUGUUUAUUAGCACUUGCUGCCAGCAAAGGAUGGAACUUACAUCAGCUAGACAUAAACAAUGCUUUCUUACAUGGGGAUUUGCAUGAAGAAAUCUAUAUGAAGAUGCCCGAAGGAAUGUCUAAUCCUCAUAAUCUUGUCUACAAGCUUAAAAAGUCUCUUUAUGGACUUAAACAAGCUUCAAGACAAUGGUUUGCUAGAUUAACCCUUGAAUUGGAGAAUUCUGGUUUCAAAAAAUCUCUGAAUGAUUAUUCCUUGUUUCUUAAACAAGAUGAAUCUGAUACUAUGAUUCUUGCAGUCUAUGUUGAUGAUAUUGUGAUAACUAGCACAAAUGAAGCUUCUAUUCUGGCUUUAAAGGCACACUUACAUUCUGUCUUUAGCAUCAAGGAUCUGGGCAGAUUACACUAUAUCCUUGGUAUUGAAGUUCUUCAUUUAUCCCAGGGAAUAAUUCUCACUCAGAGAAAGUUUUCAAAGGAACUGAUCACUGAAUCAGGGUUUGAUGUCUCUAAGGUUGCUAAGACACCUCUUCCUCAAUCUUUAAAAUUGGUGUCACAUCAAGGUGACUUUUGUUCUAAUCCUGCUCUUUACAGACAGCUUGUGGGAAAAUUGAAUUUUCUCACACAUACAAGGCGAGAUUUGUCCUUUGCUGUACAAUCCUUAAGUCAGUUUAUGCAUCAGCCAAGGAUUCAGCAUAUGCAGGCUUUACAUCAUGUCUUAAGGUAUGUUGCUCAUACUUUAAGACAGGGUAUUCUUCUCCAAGCUACAGCACAGCUCACUCUCAGAGCUUAUUCAGACUCAGACUGGGGCUCUUGUCCUAAUAGCAGAAGAUCAGUAACAGGCUACAUUAUGUUGCUUGGGAAUUCUCCUAUUUCCUGAAAAUCUAAGAAACAAGGGACAGUUUCUAUGUCAUCUAUUGAGGCUGAGUAUAGAGCCAUGGCAGCAGCAUCUACAGAAGUUACUUGGUUGGUUAGGCUUCUUAUGGAGCUAGGAAUUGCUGAUUUGAAGCCUGUGAAGCUGUCAUGUGAUAAUCAAUCUACUAUUCAGAUUGGAAAGAAUCCCGUCAUGCACGAAAGAACCAAGCACAUUGAACUGGACUGUCACUUUACUCGAGAAAAGGUUCUAAAAGGAUUAAUUGAACUGUCCUAUCUUCCUUCUCAGGAACAAUUGGCUGAUCUGUUUACAAAAGAUCUGCCUGCUCAUCAACACAACUAUUUGAGUUCCAAGCUAGGUCUGGUUGAUUCCACCACUCCUAGCUUGAGGGGGGGUAUUGAAGCAUCUCAGUAUAGCCAGCUAUUUCCACCUUGAUGCAGCUUGGCCAUGUCAGCAAAAGUUAGUUAUAACUAACUGAUUCCAGAACCUUCCUCUGUAACAAACUACUUUGCUUAUUGUAAUAGCUAGUAUAAAAGCUAAUUAGUUGUGCUCAUGCUUAUGUAAUGAUCAGAAUAUUAUUCUCUAAAAAUGAUCAAUACAAUUCUCUCUCUUUCUCUCUCUAAAAGCUUCGUGUUCCUCAAGUUUGUUGUUCUUCAAUAUUAGGAUAGUUUUCAAAUGGUCAUAAUAAAAAAAAAAAAAUUGUGGUCAUUGUAUUGAACCAAAUCACAACCAUUCAUUUUAUAUUGACUAAUAUAAAUGUAAUCUAUAUCAACGGUUUGUAUUAGUCAACAUAAAUGAAUGGUUGUGAUUAAAUUUAAUAUAAUGGCAACAAUUAUAUUAUACCCACUCAAAAGUCAUCCAUUAUGUUAAGCAUGAAAAUUGAAAAAGACCAAGCACUUACCAUGACGACAACCUUCUCCUGCGAUGAACCCAUCACCGGUGAAACCCGGAUGACACCGACGUCGAAACCCGGAAUCUCCAACAUGACUACAAGAAGCACUUGGUUGACAACGGCACGUACCGGUAAGCCACCAACCUACCUCAACCGCUUGAUACUCAACCAUGAGUCGGAAUCAUAAACAACUACAGACGAAAACAGGGAUUGACAUCUAGUACCAAUAACAUCUUCGUACCUCAAAGUAGUAGAACUCUCCUUAGCAUAACAACUCAAAAUUCCCCUCCUUCCUUUACACUUCGAAAACCUGCUCUCAACCAAGUUCGGAAUCACACACUUGUAUAAUGGCGUGACACAGUUUUGCAAAAGUAAACUGUUUUGUGCAGUUAAAGCGUAGUUUGUUCCGAAAAGAUGUCGGAUUUGGUUGAUCGGACGGCUGCAAUUUGGAGAGAGACUGAGUAUGAUGGAAUUCCAUGUUAUGUUUUUAAUAUCAUAACCUAGGAAUUCCAUUCUACCGUUGGACGUGCAAUUCAGUUGAAACUCGCAAUUUUCGGAGAAUCCGAAAGGGUAGUUUAUUGUUGUUCCGUUGCAUGAUCUGAUGCAUUUUGUUGGAUUUGUGAUCGGUUUUGCGAUUGAUAUGAAAGUCAAAAGUAUCACUAACAUUAAUAUUCUUCUUUAUUUUUUGAGGUAGUUUGCAUAUUUCUUUUGUUUGAGACUUGGGUUACAGCACUAGAGAACAAGGUUGAUUUUGCUAGGUCGUAAUUUCAUUUGAACUUUCAAUAUGAUAUAAUUGUGAUCCUAUUAUCAUUUUUACGAGUCUUUUGAAUUUUAGUAGAUGAUAUGUUUAAAGGUACAAAGUCAAGUUGCCCAGUCAACGCAUUCAAAUGCACAAAGUUUCAUAUGGGGCUGGCCGCAGCCAGCCGCAAUAUAAAUUUUUUUUAAAAAAAAUUCUCUCUCUUCUCUAUCUAUUAUUCUCUUUUCUGUUUUUUAUUUUUUUUACUUGCGGUUACUAGGGGUUACUAAGUCGAGGGUUACUAGGGGUUAUUAGGUCAGUCAGGGGUUACUUGAUCAGGGGUUACUUUGUCUGGGAGGUUACUAGAGGGGUUACUUAAAUGGGGUUACUAGAGGGCUUACUAAUAUGGCACCUUGCAGUACCGUGCGGCCAGAAACGCGCUAAUCCAAAUGAGUCUACUUAUAGUCCCUUAGAAGAGAUAAGGCCAACUCAACAAACUGUAGAAAGUUCUUGCUUUAUGCACUACUAUUGAAACGUUUCAAAGGGAGAAAAAAAAAAGGUGUUAAUUAUGGUUGAUUUUAUUCACUUAUUCAACAUCAUGACCUGUCAAUUUGGGUCAACGGGCUAGGCUUGUGUUAAAUAUAAGGUAAUUUUAGUCGUUUGGUUCAACUAGUUUGUAUCAUUUAAGUUAUUAUCCUACUUCCUCCUUUUUUUUUAAUUGACAUAGAAUUAGAGACCUAUAUGAUGAGAAAUAGAUAAAAAGAAAGCAUGUACAAAUAAAGAAAUAUGGUAAUAUUUGUGGAACUUUCUAAAAUAAUAAUUAUUACAAUAUUAAGGAAAUGGGGAAGAAUGUUUAGAGUACAUCGAAAAGUCAAGUUGCCUCACCAAUCAAUCAUAUUGAGUCUAUUAAUAGCCCUUUAAAGAAAAUAGAUUAGCUAAAAGAAAAUAUAAAAAGGUAUUAAUUAUGUGCUUAUGGCUGAUUAUUCACUUAUUCAA